UUUUCGAAUUCGAAACGAAUCCUGAACACCCCUAGGGUUAAGUAUGCGAGAUGGGAGGAGUCGCAGGAGGAUUUUAAGCGGGCGAGAUCGGUUUGGGAGCGGGCGAUUGAUGUGGAUUACAGGGAUCAUAGAAUGUGGUAUAAGUACGUAUGCAUGGAGAUGAAGAAUAAGUUUGUUAAUCAUGCGAGGAAUGUGUGGGAUCGGGCGGUUACGUUGUUGCCGAGGGUGGAUCAGUUGUGGUAUAAGUAUGUUCAUAUGGAGGAGAUGCUGGGGAAUGUGGCAGGUGCCAGACAAAUAUUUGAAAGGUGGAUGAGUUGGGAGCCUGACCAACAAGCAUGGAAUUCCUAUAUAGAAUUUGAGUUAAAAUACAAGGAGAUUGAGCGAGCGAGAGCUAUCUAUGAACGACUCGUCCAAUGCAUACCUAAAGUUGAAAUGAAAAUCGAGGAGCUUAGUAAAGGUUAUGAAAGGGCGGUUGAUAGAGAAGGCAUCGAAGACGCAAUAGUUGGGAAAAGAAGGUUUCAGUAUGAGGAACAAGUUAGAACAAAUCCUCGAAAUUAUGACUCAUGGUUUGACUAUAUUAGACUCGAGGAGAGUGUGGGGAACAAACCCAGGAUUCAAGAGGUUUACGAGAGAGCGAUUGCUAACGUUCCUCCGGCUGAUGAGAAACGUUACUGGCAAAGAUACAUUUAUUUGUGGAUUAGUUACGCUCUGUAUGAAGAGCUCGACGCACAAGAUGUUUCUAGAACGAGGGAUGUGUAUCGCGAGUGUUUAAAAUUGAUUCCGCACAAGAAAUUCUCGUUUGCGAAGAUUUGGUUAUUGGCUGCUCAGUUUGAAAUCAGACAGUUAAACCUCUCGGGUGCACGUUCGAUUCUUGGUAAUGCAAUUGGAAUUGCUCCUAAAGAUAAGAUUUUUAACAAGUACAUCGAGAUUGAGCUGCAGCUUGGUAACAUAGAUCGUUGUCGGAAGCUAUAUGAAAAAUAUCUGGAGUGGUCACCUGAAAAUUGCUAUGCUUGGAGCAAAUACGUCGAGUUGGAAAGAUCUUUGGGUGAAACAGAGCGGGCCCGAGCCCUUUUUGAGCUUGCAAUUGCGCAAACUGCGCUGGUGCGUGUUAUGCUGCCCAAGAAACCGGAAAAGAGAAGACAGAUUGAAGAUUAUCUGUUCCCGGAGGAAUCACAAGCAUCAAAUUUGAAGAUUUUGGAGCAAGCGUACAAAUGGAAAAAGCAAAAGGUGGUUUUAGAUGAUGAUGUUGAUUAGCCGGCUUUUUACUGUUUCAUUAUGCAUUUUAGCCACAGUCAUGUGCGACUAUGCGGGAUGUUAUGAUCCCUGCAACGUAUUGUAGAUAGCAUACUGACUCUUGAAUAUUAUAGUGCCGUGCCGUACCGUAAUGUCUAACAGAUAAACGGUUUAUCUGUUAGACAUUAAGGCACGGCACUAUUUUGAAUAUUAUGGCAUAACAUCUUGACUUAGGAUCAAGAAUUCU